CGGGUUUAGAAGAGGAAGUGCUGCGGUACCGGUAAACUCGCGGAGGGAGAACGGAUUCUAAUAAGGUAGCAGUGCGGCUUCUUAGAUUCGCCGGUCUUUCGCUGCAAGUAUCAGAGAGCAAUAGAGGGUGCCGCGUCGACGCGUGAUGCUCUGCUUGAGACCGCAACAUUUCAUUUGAGAGACGUCUCGCUGGAAGACCACAUUCCUAGCCUCGCAUUUUAAGGCCAUAACCACAGCGUAAUCUCUCGUCCGCCGCCGCGUUUUUUGAAGACGCACCAAGAGCUUUUGAUAUAACUCCUAACCUGAGGGCUGACACCUCUCAAGCUUUGCUUCACCUGAGAGGAGAAGACCGACUGCGCCAACAUGGGGUAUGGGCGGUCCGACAGUUACCGCGUUGCCACCACACAGGACAAAGCUGAUCGCUCCCCGAAGAAGAAGAAGGGGGCGAAGGGAGCCAAGGACAUGGACGACCUGAAGAAGGAAGUACCCAUCACGGAACACAAAAUGUCCAUAGAGGAGGUAUGCAGGAAAUUCCAGACCGACAUCGUCCAGGGCCUGACCAGUGCCAAGGCGGCUGAUUUCCUGAUCCGGGACGGUCCCAAUGCACUCACCCCUCCCCCCACCACCCCAGAGUGGGUCAAGUUCUGUCGCCAGCUGUUCGGAGGGUUCUCCAUCCUGCUGUGGACUGGAGCCAUCCUCUGUUUCCUGGCCUACGCCAUCCAGGCAGUCACCGAGGACGAGCCCGCAGGAGACAAUCUGUACCUGGGUAUCGUGCUCACGGCCGUCGUCGUGAUCACCGGCUGCUUCUCGUAUUUCCAAGAGGCGAAGAGCUCCAAAAUCAUGGAGUCCUUCAAGAACAUGGUGCCUCAGCAAGCACUGGUGAUCCGGGAGGGAGAGAAGGUGCAGAUCAACGCAGAGGAGGUGGUGGCUGGAGACCUGAUCGAGGUGAAGGGGGGAGACAGGAUCCCCGCCGACAUCAGGAUCGUCUCUGCCCACGGUUGCAAGGUUGAUAACUCCUCCCUGACUGGCGAAUCAGAGCCUCAGAGCCGGUCACCUGACUGUACCCAUGACAACCCCCUGGAGACCCGUAACGUGGCUUUCUUCUCCACCAACUGUGUUGAAGGCACCGCCCGCGGCCUGGUGAUCUGCACCGGGGACCGCACCGUCAUGGGCCGCAUCGCCACCCUGACCUCCGGCCUUGAGUCCGGCAAGACCCCCAUCGCCAAGGAGAUCGAGCACUUCAUCCACAUCAUCACGGGCGUGGCCGUGUUCCUGGGUGUGUCCUUCUUUGUCCUGGCCCUGAUCCUUGGGUACAGCUGGCUGGAGGCCGUCAUCUUCCUCAUCGGCAUCAUCGUGGCCAACGUGCCCGAGGGACUGCUGGCUACCGUCACUGUGUGUCUGACCCUGACCGCCAAGCGCAUGGCCAAGAAGAACUGCCUGGUGAAGAACCUGGAAGCCGUGGAGACCCUGGGCUCCACCUCCACCAUCUGCUCCGACAAGACCGGCACCCUCACCCAGAACAGGAUGACCGUGGCCCACAUGUGGUUCGACAACCAGAUCCACGAGGCCGACACCACUGAGGACCAGUCUGGCGCCUCCUUCGACAAGAGCUCCGGGACCUGGGUGGCCCUUGCCCGGAUCGCAGCCUUGUGUAACCGCGCCCAGUUCAAGGGAGGCCAGGAUGGUCUGCCCAUCCUGAAGAGGGACGUGGCGGGCGACGCCUCCGAGUCGGCCCUGCUCAAGUGCAUCGAGCUGUGCUGCGGCUCCGUGCGCACCAUGAGGGACAAGAACAAGAAGGCGGCCGAGAUCCCCUUCAACUCCACCAACAAGUACCAGCUCUCCAUCCACGAGACGGAAGACCUCAACGACAACCGCUACCUGCUGGUGAUGAAGGGUGCCCCCGAGAGGAUCCUGGAGCGCAGCUCCACCAUCAUGAUCCAGGGCAAGGAGCAGCCGCUGGACGAAGAGCUGAAGGAGUCCUUCCAGAACGCCUACAUGGAGCUCGGAGGGCUGGGAGAGCGAGUGCUUGGUUUCUGCCAGGUUAUGAUGCCAGAGGACCAGUACCCCAAGGGCUUUGCCUUCGACUGCGAUGACGUCAACUUUCAGACAGACAACCUGUGCUUCAUCGGCCUCAUGUCCAUGAUUGACCCUCCCCGUGCCGCCGUACCUGACGCUGUGGGCAAAUGCAGAUCUGCUGGUAUCAAGGUCAUCAUGGUCACUGGUGAUCACCCAAUCACAGCCAAGGCCAUCGCUAAGGGUGUGGGCAUCAUCUCCGAGGGCAACGAGACAGUGGAAGACAUUGCUGCCCGCCUCAACAUCCCCGUCAGCCAGGUCAACCCCAGGGACGCCAAGGCCUGUGUGAUCCACGGUACCGACCUGAAGGAGCUGUCCCAGGACCAGAUGGACGACAUCCUGAGGAACCACACAGAGAUCGUGUUCGCCAGGACCUCCCCCCAGCAGAAGCUCAUCAUCGUAGAGGGUUGCCAGAGACAGGGUGCCAUCGUAGCUGUGACAGGUGAUGGUGUGAACGACUCCCCUGCCCUUAAGAAGGCCGACAUCGGUGUUGCCAUGGGAAUCUCUGGCUCUGACGUGUCCAAGCAGGCCGCUGACAUGAUCUUGCUUGAUGACAACUUUGCCUCCAUCGUCACCGGAGUAGAAGAGGGUCGCCUGAUCUUUGACAACUUGAAGAAAUCCAUUGCCUACACCCUUACCAGUAACAUCCCAGAGAUCACCCCCUUCCUGUUCUUCAUCAUCGUCAACAUUCCUCUUCCUCUUGGAACCAUCACCAUCCUCUGCAUUGACUUGGGAACUGACAUGGUACCUGCUAUCUCCCUUGCCUAUGAGGCAGCUGAGAGUGACAUCAUGAAGCGCCAGCCCAGGAACCCAGCCAGGGACAAGCUGGUGAAUGAGAGGCUCAUCAGCAUCGCUUAUGGCCAGAUUGGUAUGAUCCAGGCUCUUGGAGGAUUCUUCGCCUACUUUGUGAUCCUGGCUGAGAAUGGAUUCCUGCCCUCCAUAUUGGUGGGCAUCAGGCUACACUGGGACGACCGCUCCCUCAACGACCUGGAAGACAGCUAUGGACAGCAAUGGACAUAUGAGCAGAGGAAGAUCGUAGAGUUCACGUGCCACACAGCCUUCUUCGUGAGCAUCGUGGUGGUGCAAUGGGCUGACGUCAUCGUCUGCAAGACCAGGAGGAACUCUGUCUUCCAGCAGGGCAUGAGGAACAAGAUCCUCAUCUUCGGCCUGUUUGAAGAGACAGCCCUGGCUGCCUUCCUGUCCUACUGCCCAGGCAUGGACCUGGCCCUCAGGAUGUACCCCCUCAAGCCUACCUGGUGGUUGUGCGCGUUCCCCUACAGUUUCCUCAUCUUCGUCUAUGAUGAAGUCCGAAAACUCCUCAUCCGCAGGAACCCCGGAGGUUGGGUGGAGAGGGAGACAUACUAUUGAUCGAUGGAUCAGCUUCUUUACUCAAACCCCCCACCACACUUUCCACUUAUUUCUUCCCCCUCCUCCCCCUCUCUCCCCCCCCCCCGCCCCCGCCCUCCUCCAAACCCCGCCCUGGUCACUCCAUCCUGGCAAGACGCUCACCGCCCCGAACAACCGCUUCAAAGCAAUUUUCAUCAUGACUGCCCCAAAGAUUAAAAAAACAAACAGCAGAAGCACCUUUACGACUUUCUAUAUUGAUCCCCACCCAGUCCUCGCCAUCUCCUAUGAUACUCUUUGCAUGUGUUCUCUCACUGCUGUGUACAUAAACCUAUAUCUACCAAACGGCAGCUGCAUAUUGCGUAUGUAGAUUUGAAUGAGCUAGGAUGCGACAGGAGUGUCUCAUUCUGCAAAAAAAUAUUUAAAAAGGGCCAUUCAGCUCCUCUCUCGCCCCCCCCCCCCCCUGCGUCCACACGCUUUCUCCUCUGUACCUCUGUUGCAUUUUCUGUCCCCCCCUGACCCCCCCCCCCCCCUUCCCUCCCCUGCAACCCCUUUGCUUGUCGUCCAGUCACACACACACACACAGAUAUACAGACCGCCAAGCGAGACCCCCACCACCACUCAGACCACCGUCUCGGGAGGACCUCUCUCUGUCGUUCUCGCCGCCGCUGCCGCGUCCAUUUUUAACUUCUCUUUCCUUUGUUGUUGCUGUUGUUGUUGUUUUUCUUUGAUUGGUCACAGUGUUGUAUUUAGUUUUUUUUAAUAUAUACGGGGUAGGAAGGGGGGGGGGGGGGGGGGGUUGCAAUGAUUCUUUUUUUUAUUGCUCUGGCGGGAGGGGGGGAGGUGAGAGAAUCCCCCUUUACCCUGUUCAUUGAGGCAUAACAAAGCACACCCCAUGAUGUUCUGUAUCCCCCCCCCCCCCCUGCCCCCACCCCACCCGGCUCAUGUCUCUCACACCCCUCCCUCCCUCCCUCCCCCCAGCCCCACCCCACCAGCCAUGUUUGUCUCCGUUUGUGUGCAAAGUGUGAAACCAUUGUCCUUGUUAAUAAUCACAGUACACCCCCCUACCCCACCCAGAUGAUGAAAAAUACAACUCAAAACUUUCUGUGUGUUCUAGGAAACUAUAUAAUUCUAUACUGAAAUUAAACGAAACAAUAAAAAAAACACAUGUUGAAAAUAAACAGCUUGAGAGAGGAGUUUAUGGAGUAGACAUAUCCAAUGAUAUAUCAGUACGCUUAAAGUAAAAAAAAAAAAGAUCUCUGUGUUUGCUUUUGUUCAUUUGGUUUCAGGUUUUUCCGUUGUUUUUUCUUUUCAGGGUAAUGUAAAAUGAUAAAAUAACGCUAAUUACAAAAGACUAAAGGCAGGGUUUUCGGUUGUGUUUUUAACGAGUGAGAUGUGAGUCAACAGCCGUGGUAAUCAGGUUCCUAUCGCUGCAGGUGUGUGGUGCGAUGUGGCCGUAGUUCGCCCACUGGACCACGGUCACACCCUGACAGGGGGCCGCUCUUAAGUUCUGUGUGAAUGUACGUGUUGGGAGGACCGGUGAAGGGCCAGCAUUCUAAAUGGGUCUUAACUGAACAACGGCAGUAGGGGUUGAGAUUGAAGAAAAUACUUAAACAAAUAUUAGAUCAUACUGUGUGAAAGAAAGUGACACCAAUAAAACAUCUAGAACAUUUAAUACAACCAA